CGGGCCUCGCGCGCGCCUCUCGCUGUCGGUGGCCGAGCCCCUGCGGAGGGCAAGAUGGAAGAGAUCCUGAGGAAGCUGCAGAAGGAGGCGUCCGGGAGCAAGUACAAAGCCAUCAAGGAGAGCUGCACCUGGGCCCUGGAAACCCUGGGUGGUGUGGAUACCAUUGUCAAGAUCCCUCCCCACUUGCUGAGGGAGAAAUGCUUGCUUCCUCUCCAGUUGGCUUUGGAAUCCAAGAAUGUGAAACUGGCCCAACAUGCCUUGGCAGGAAUACAGAAGCUUCUGUCAGAAGAGAGGUUUGUAUCCAUGGAAACAGACUCUGAUGAGAAGCAGCUGCUCAAUCAGAUUCUGAAUGCUGUGAAAGUGACGCCUUCCCUCAAUGAAGACCUGCAGGUGGAAGUGAUGAAGGUUUUGCUCUGCAUAACCUACACCCCAACAUUUGACCUGAAUGGGAGCGCAGUACUGAAGAUUGCCGAGCUGUGUCUAGCAUGCCAUAAAGCUGGACGUCCAGAAAUGCAUGAAAUGGUCAAAAUGUCCAUUACGAAACUCCUCACUGCCCUGUGUCUUCGUGCGUUCUCUGGAGAUCAGGGGCCUGGGGCUUUUCACAAGGUGUGCAUUGAGACUUACAUAUGUAGCUGUCACCAGCGUAGUAUAAACACUGCUGUGCGGGCAACUCUGAGUCAAAUGCUGAGUGACUUGACUUUACAGUUACGACAAAGGCAGGAAAAUACGAUCAUUGAAAACCCGGAUGUCCCACAGGAGUUCAGGAAUCAAGGGUCAACAGUUGAGUCCCUCUGUGAUGACCUUGUCUCUGUGCUCACUGUUCUGUGUGAGAAGCUGCAAGCCGCCAUCAAUGACCAACAGCAGUUGCAGCUCCUAUACUUGGAGUGCAUCCUGUCCGUGCUCAGCAGUUCCUCCUCCUCCAUGCAUCUGCACAGAGGCUUCACAGACCUGAUCUGGAAAAACCUGUGCCCAGCUCUCAUCGUGAUCCUGGGGAAUCCAAUUCAUGAUAAAAGCAUCACCUCUGCUCACAGCAGCAGCACUGGUUCUGGCAUCGAGUCCGACUCUGCAUCUCCAGGAGUUUCUGACCAUGGCCGGGGGUCGGGCUGCUCCUCCACUGCGCCAGCUCUGAGCGGGCCUGUGGCUCGGACCAUUUAUUACAUCGCGGCCGAGCUGGUCCGGCUGGUAGGGUCAGUGGACUCCAUGAAGCCCGUGCUUCAGUCCCUCUACCACCGAGUGCUGCUUUAUCCCCCACCCCAGCACCGGGUGGAAGCCAUCAAAAUCAUGAAGGAGCUUCUCGGAAGCCCACAGCGUCUCUGUGAUUUGGCAGGACCCAGCUCCACUGAAUCAGAAUCUAGAAAAAGAUCAAUUUCAAAAAGAAAGUCUCAUCUGGAUCUUCUCAAACUCAUCAUGGAUGGCAUGACCGAGGCGUGCAUCAAGGGCGGCAUCGAAGCGUGCUACGCCGCCGUGUCCUGCGUCUGCACCCUGCUCGGGGCCUUGGACGAGCUCAGCCAGGGCAAGGGCUUGAGCGAAGGCCAGGCCCAGCUGCUGCUGCUGCGCCUGGAGGAGCUGAAGGACGGCGCCGAGUGGAGCCGGGACUCCAUGGAGAUCAACGAGGCCGACUUCCGCUGGCAGCGGCGCGUCCUGUCCUCGGAGCACACGCCGUGGGAGCCGGGCAGCGAGAGGAGCCCCGACAUCAGCAUCAGCGUGACCACCGACACGGGCCAGACCACGCUGGAGGGCGCGCUGGGCCGGACGACGCCCGAGGAGCGCCCCGAGCACCCCAAGAGCAGCCUCAAGUCGCCGGCCGUGCCCGAGAGCAGGGAGCCGCCGGGCAAGGCGCCGGAGCCCGAGGCCGUGGACCAGCCAGACGUGGUGCAGCGAAGCCACACGGUCGCGUACCCCGACAUAACGAACUUCCUGUCGGUGGACUGCAGGAUGCGGCCCUUCGGCUCCAGGUACAGCGAGAGCAAUUUCAGCGUCGAUGACCAGGACCUUUCGCGGACAGAAUUCGAUUCCUGUGACCAGUACUCGAUGGCCGCGGAGAAGGACUCGGGGAGGUCGGACGUGUCGGACAUCGGGUCGGACAACGGCUCCCUGGCGGAUGAGGAGCAGACCCCUCGGGACUGCCUGGGCCACCGGUCCCUGCGGACUGCCGCUCUGUCCCUGAAACUGCUCAAGAACCAGGAGGCGGACCAGCACAGCGCCAGGCUGUUCCUGCAGUCCCUGGAGAGCCUCCUGCCCCGCCUGCUGGCCCUGCCCGGCGUGGAGGAGGUGGACUCGGCCCUCCAGAACUUCGCUUCUACCUUCUGCUCAGGCAUGAUGCACUCUCCCGGAUUUGAUGGGAGUGGCAGCCUCAGCUUGCAGAUGCUGAUGAACGCAGACAGCCUGUACACAGCAGCGCACUGUGCUCUGCUGCUCAACCUGAAGCUCUCCCACGGCGACUACUACCGGAAGCGCCCCACCCUGGCACCCAGCAUGAUGAAGGAGUUCAUGAAGCAGGUGCAGACCAGCGGGGUGCUGAUGGUCUUCUCCCAGGCCUGGAUUGAGGAGCUCUACCAUCAGGUGCUUGAGAGAAAUAUGCUGGGAGAGGCUGGCUACUGGGGCAGCCCAGAGGAUAACAGCCUGCCCCUCAUCACCAUGCUGACAGACAUUGAUGGCUUAGAGAGCAGUGCGAUUGGGGGCCAGCUGAUGGCCUCUGCGUCUACCGAGUCUCCUUUCACUCAAGGCAGGAGAAUUGAUGACUCUACAGUGGCAGGUGUGGCUUUUGCUCGCUAUAUUCUGGUGGGUUGCUGGAAGAACCUGAUCGAUACUCUAUCAACCCCCCUGACUGGCCGAAUGGCAGGAAGCUCCAAAGGGUUGGCCUUCAUUCUGGGAGCUGAAGGCAUCAAAGAGCAGAACCAAAAGGAACGUGAUGCCAUCUGCAUGAGCCUCGAUGGGCUGCGGAAAGCAGCACGGCUGAGCUGUGCUCUAGGGGUUGCGGCUAACUGCGCCUCAGCCCUUGCCCAGAUGGCGGCUGCCUCCUGUGUCCAGGAAGAAAAAGAGGAAAAGGAAGUCCAAGAACCCAGUGAUGCCAUAGCACAAGUGAAGCUAAAAGUGGAGCAGAAACUGGAGCAGAUCGGGAAGCUACAGGGAGUCUGGCUGCACACCGCCCACGUCCUGUGCAUGGAUGCCAUCCUCAGCGUAGGCCUGGAGAUGGGAAGCCACAACCCGGACUGCUGGCCACACGUGUUCAGGGUCUGUGAAUACGUGGGCACGCUGGAGCACACCCAUUUCAGCGACGGCACCGCUCAGCCCCCUCUGACCAUCAGCCAGCCCCAGAAGGCAUCAGGAGGCUCCGGACUCCUUGGGGACCCAGAGUGUGAGGGCUUGGCCCCGGAGCAGAACCUAGAGCCAGAGAGUUCUCUGAGCACAGCCCCUGUCAUCCAGCCCCUCUCCAUCCAAGAACUGGUCAGAGAAGGCAGCCGAGGCCGGGCCUCCGACUUCCGUGGAGGCAGCCUCAUGACAGGGAGCAGUGCCGCCAAGGCUGUGCUCACGCUGUCCACCCAGGCUGACAGGCUCUUUGAAGAUGCUACAGAUAAGUUGAACCUGAUGGCUUUGGGAGGGUUCCUUUACCAGCUGAAGAAAGCAUCACAGUCCCAGCUCUUCCAUUCUGUUACAGAUACAGUGGAUUACUCUCUGGCAAUGCCAGGAGAAGUUAAGUCCACCCAUGACCGCAAAAGCGCCCUCCACCUAUUCCGCCUUGGGGAUGCCAUGCUGAGGAUCGUGCGGAGCAAGUCGAGGCCACUGUUCCAUGUGAUGCGCUGCUGGAGCCUUGUGGCCCCACACCUGGUGGAGGCUGCCUGCCAUAAGGAAAGGCAUGUGUCUCAGAAGGCUGUUUCCUUCAUCCAUGAUAUACUGACAGAGGUUCUCACUGACUGGAAUGAGCCGCCUCAUUUUCACUUUAAUGAAGCACUUUUCCGACCUUUUGAGCGUAUCAUGCAGCUGGAGUUGUGCGAUGAGGAUGUCCAAGACCAGGUUGUCACAUCCAUUGGUGAGCUAGUCGAAGUGUGUUCCACCCAAAUCCAGUCGGGAUGGAGGCCCUUGUUCAGUGCCCUGGAAACUGUGCACAGUGGGAAUAAGUCUGAGGUGAAGGAGUAUCUGGUUGGUGAUUACUCCAUGGGAAAAGGCCAGGCUCCAGUGUUUGAUGUAUUUGAAGCAUUUCUCAAUACCGACAACAUUCAGGUCUUUGCUAAUGCAGCCACAAGCUACAUCAUGUGCCUUAUGAAGUUUGUCAAAGGACUCGGGGAGGUGGACUGCAAGGAAAUAGGAGACUGUGUCCCGGGACCCGGAGCCAUGUCCCCAGACCUGUGCCUCCCCGCCCUGGAUUACCUCAGGCGCUGCUCGCAGUUACUGGCCAAAAUCUACAAAAUGCCCUUGAAGCCAAUAUUCCUUAGUGGGCGACUGGCUAGCUUGCCCCGAAGACUUCAGGAACAGUCGGCCAGCAGUGAGGAUGGAAUUGAGUCGGUCCUAUCUGAUUUUGAUGAUGACACUGGGCUGAUAGAAGUCUGGAUCAUCCUGCUGGAGCAGCUAACAGCGGCUGUGUCCAACUGUCCACGUCAGCACCAACCGCCAACCUUGGAUUUACUCUUUGAGCUGUUGAGAGAUGUUACCAAAACACCUGGACCGGGUUUUGGUAUCUAUGCGGUUGUUCACCUUCUCCUCCCUGUGAUGACCCUUUGGCUCCGACGUAGCCAUAAAGACCAUUCGUACUGGGAUGCAGCUUCUGCUAAUUUCAAGCACGCCAUUGGCCUGUCUUGUGAGCUAGUGGUGGAGCACAUUCAAAGCUUUAUACACUCAGACAUCAGGUAUGAGAGCAUGAUCAACACGAUGCUGAAGGACCUGUUUGAGUUACUGGUAGCGUGUGUGGCCAAGCCCACAGAAACCAUCUCCAGAGUGGGCUGUUCCUGUAUUAGGUACGUCCUUGUCACAGCAGGCCCUGUGUUCACUGAAGAAAUGUGGAGGCUUGCCUGCUGUGCCCUGCAGGAUGCGUUCUCAGCCACACUCAAGCCAGUGAAGGAUCUAUUGGGCUGCUUCCACAGUGGCACUGAGAGCUUCAGUGGGGAAGGCUGCCAGGUGAGGGUGGCGGCCCCCUCCUCCUCCCCCAGUGCUGAGGCCGAGUACUGGCGCAUUCGAGCCAUGGCUCAGCAGGUGUUUAUGUUGGACACACAGUGCUCACCCAAGACUCCAAACAACUUCGAUCAUGCUCAGUCUUGUCAGCUCAUUAUUGAGCUGCCUCCUGAUGAGAAGCCAAAUGGACACACCAAGAAAAGCGUCUCCUUCCGGGAGGUUGUGGUGAGCCUGCUGUCUCACCAAGUGCUGCUGCAGAACCUGUACGACAUCUUGCUAGAGGAGUUCGUCAAGGGCCCGUCCCCGGGAGAGGAGAAGGCGGCCCCGGCCCCCGAGGCCAGGCCGGCCGGCUUCCUCAGAUACAUCUCCAUGCAGAACCUGGCCGUCAUAUUCGACCUGCUGCUGGACUCGUACCGGACGGCGCGCGAGUUCGACACCAGCCCCGGGCUGAAGUGCCUGCUGAAGAAGGUGUCCGGCAUCGGCGGCGCCGCCAACCUCUACCGCCAGUCCGCCAUGAGCUUCAACAUUUAUUUCCACGCGCUGGUCUGCGCCGUCCUCACCAACCAGGAGGCCAUCACCGCCGAGCAGGUGAAGAAGGUCCUCUUUGAGGACGACGAGAGGAGCACGGACUCGUCCCAGCAGUGCUCGUCGGAGGACGAGGACAUCUUCGAGGAGACCGCGCAGGUGAGCCCCCCGAGGGGCAGGGAGAAGCGGCGCUGGCGCGCCCGGCUGCCCUCGCUGAGCGUGCAGCCCGUCAGCAACGCCGACUGGGUGUGGCUGGUCAAGCGGCUGCACAAGCUGUGCAUGGAGCUGUGCAACCACUACAUCCAGAUGCACCUGGACCUGGAGAGCAGCGCGGAGGAGGCGCCCGUCUUCAGGAGCGACCCGUUCUUCAUCCUGCCCUCCUUCCAGUCCGAGUCCUCCACGCCGUCGACCGGCGGCUUCUCGGGCAAGGACACCCCUUCGGAGGAUGACCGGAGCCAGGCCCGGGACCACGCGGCCGAGCCCGGGAGCCUGAGCCCCAGGGUGGAGAAGAAGGACCCGGGCCGCAAGAAGGAGUGGUGGGAGAGCGCGGGCAACAGGAUCUACACCAUGGCGGCCGACAGGACCAUCUCCAAGCUCAUGACCGAAUACAAAAAGAGGAAGCAGCAGCACAACCUGCCCGCCUUCCCCAAAGAGGGCAAAGUGGAGAAGAAGGGAGAGCCGCUGGGCGCCAGGGGCCAGGACUCCCCGCUGCUGCAGCGUCCCCAGCACUUGAUAGACCAGGGGCAGAUGCGCCACUCGUUCAGCGCGGGCCCUGAGCUGCUGCGGCAGGAGAAGAGGCCCCGCUCGGGCUCCACCGGGAGCUCGCUGAGCGUCUCGGUGCGGGACGCCGAGGCGCAGAUCCAGGCAUGGACCAACAUGGUGCUAACAGUCCUCAACCAGAUUCAGAUCCUUCCGGACCAGACCUUCACGGCCCUCCAGCCCGCCGUGUUCCCGUGCAUCAGCCAGCUGACCUGUCACGUGACCGACAUCAGAGUGCGCCAGGCUGUGAGGGAAUGGCUGGGCCGAGUGGGCCGGGUCUAUGACAUCAUCGUCUAGGAGCGCCCCCGUGAGGAAGUACAGGAGCGAAGGGCGGAGAGUGCCUGCCAGCCCGACGGAGGGCGUCUUCCCCACCACCAGCCCCACUGAAACCAGUGUCCGUGUCACCAGUGAACAGUUGGCCGCUCCCUCGCUAAUCAGUACUGGGGCCGUUCUGGACGCUCACCUUGUAUCCAGAGGACACAAACGAUACUCUGAUUUUGCACAUUAUUUCAGAAAAGUCUUCAGUCCUUGACACAUUUCUAAAUUUUGAUGUUUAUUUCCCAGUGCUUUUGCCUGCCAUGCUAUUCCCAAAAGAGUCCCUUUUCAAGGACUACUCCUUUGAAAACACUUCACUGGUCCAUUUGUUUUUUGUUUUGUUUUGUUUUGUUUUGUUUUGUUUUAAUGCAAUUGUUAAGAAAAUAUCCGCUGGUAAGUCAAGCUGAUGUGCAAGCACUCAGGCAUCUAGUAGCAGACGUUCUUCAUCGGAGGAAGAUAUCUAUUAUGGUUAUGGGCUUAGCAGGGAAGACAACAGCUGGAAAAACAUAUUCUUGGGUGUCAUAAUCAAGUAAGGGAUGACUUCCUCUGUAAAAUAUUUCAGAACAUUUCAAAGUUGUCCUAAAUUGUCAAGAUUUUCUGGUUGGUAUUCACCAACUUACUUCUUCUUUUAAGGUACUGUUGUGCCUUUAUUUCCCUAUUUCUAAAGGAAUAAAAUGCUUUCCUGGCAGGGUUUUCAGUCUGUGUCCUGGAAACUUUUGACACACAGCUCCCAGUGAUAGUGGCUGAUACAGAUCUCGCCAAGAGACAUAAGACUGACCUGCCACCCUGGCUUCCCACCAGUCUCUGCUUUUGCUCCCAAGGCAAAACAGGAAAGGGAAAGAAAAAAAAAAUGGUGCCUUAGUUUCUUGUUGCACAGACAUUUUUAUGCUCUAGCUAUCUGAACAUAAGGCAGAACAUUGGGUUUUUAAGAAAACAAAACAUUUAAAUGCAACUCCUUUUGUAUCCACACCCUUGGAGGAAAGGGUUCCUUUCCAAGGAACCCUCCAGUUCUCCAUCCAGUGAGCAGACUUCUCAGGGAACGGGGCAGGAAGUGUGGGGUGGCAGGGAGACAGCUGGAAGGGGUGGGAAAGGAGACUGGGACGAAGUCAUUUUAAACCUUAAAUAUUAUACAACCAUCACGUGAAAUUACAGUGUCAGGCAAACAGGCUCUAGUCUCAAAAGAAAAAAUAACUAAUGGAGAAGGGGACACAAUGAAAUUUAGGAAAUUAAGUUUUUCAAUUUAAAAUAUGUGUUCUCUCUGGCAAGUAAAUUUAUCUUUUGUCUGAGGUCUUUCUAAAUGGCUGUUCUAUAUGGACAUUUCUUUUGGAUAGUACUAGAAAAUUAAUUUGGAAUCCUUAUAUUAUUUACAAUAUACUUCACAGUUCCUAAAUUAUAAUGAUUGAAACAUCAAGUCUUUGGUAGAGAAGCAAGGAUUUACAACUAACAGCUUUAUUAAGUGCUGUUAUUUGUAAACUUUGUCUUCCUUGCGAAAUAUGUAACUAUCUACAAGGUUAAGAUGAAGACAGGGUUCCCUGAUUUAUUUAGCCAAUAUGAAAGAACCACAUCAUUCCUUAUACCAUCUAAAGAUCACCACAGAGUCCAGAAGAUAUAUUUCCAGUUCCAUGACACACUCUUUUUGCCUUCAGGUUUUACUCAUUAGACAAAUAAGUUUAGAAGCAAAUCAACUCCUUGAUCUUAACAAGCAGUGAAUUGUUGGGAUAGUAAUGAGCUGUAUUCUAUACUUUUAAAUUGUUAUAUUUUGGAAAUAGAAUUGAAAGUUGGGUACUUUUUUUAUUUUAACAAAAGCCACAAAAAGAAAUAGAGCCACCAAGAUGUACUGCUUUUCUGAGAUUUGGUUCCCCUUUGUGAGCCCAUGAGGACUCCAAAAUUCACUUUAGGGGUGGGAAAUAAGCUUCAUUAGAGAAGAGUAUCAAAUCAGAGUGAUUAUGAAAUGUUUAUAUGUAGCAACCUCUUAUAAAGUAUGAAAAUUUGAGGGAAGCCUGUCUGUGUAGAAUGUCAUGUCCUAGAGUAUGUUAAUUGCUUAGAAAUCAGAAUCCAUUCUCCCAUAGACGCUCUAUUAUGAGAUCCAAGGCUAGUUUAUGAAAAUAAACUGUACGUUCAAGAAUUAAAAAGUGAGAAAACGUACAUAGUUCUUUACCUACCAUUUUUAAGAGGUUUUUGACCCCUUUCCAUCAUCUAUUCUAUAGCCUACCCCAUGGCCCACAUUGGUCUCCACCCACCUCUGUCCCCAGCAUACUCUGUGCUUCACAUCCACAUCAGAUUUCAACAAGAAAGUUAGCUAAACCACCAUAAUACCUCCCAGAGGUAUCUGUGAUUGUCAAAAAAGAUAUUGCCUGAUGCAAAUAAUCUCUAACAAACAGAACAUCAGGUCACAAUGAAGUCUGUCAUCUCCAGGGGUGGAGAGGAACCCUUGUCUACCAAGGUAGACAAGGGUUCCCUUUCCAGACGGCCCAGGUCAGCCUCUCACACUCUCCUGCUGUCUUGGUUUCUGCCUUUUCCGCUCUCUUCCUUCACUCUCGUUCUCCCAAGGUCUCUGAAGGACCAAGGUCAAGACGGCCUUUGUGGUUAAAACAGUUCUUACCAUACAUUUACUGAUCUAAGCAGAAUAAGAUUUUGCACAUUGCUUUCAAUUGCCCAUAUUUACUGCCAAAAGUGUGUUACCCUAAGGUUGAGAUUUAUUUUUUAAUAUUUUGGUAAAGUGCAUCUUGAAAGCAUCUAGAAAAUUCAGUAUUUAGGAAUUCCUGACAGCCAGGUAGACCACACUCAUCAUCAGAUUUCUCCUUGCCCUAAGAGCAUAGGUUUGAUGGAGUUCUAGGAUUUCCCCUAGUUCUUGCCUCUCCUGAUUAGCUUUUAAAAAUGCUUGGGCUGCCUCUUUACAACAUCUUAUUCUCUCUCCCCUUACGAUUAUUUUCUAGCCUUCUCCAUCAAUACAAAACUAGGGCAUUUUCUACCAUCUUUAUGCUAUUUAAUGACUGACCAAGGCAGAUGUUAACACACAUAGCUCAGAUUAAAAUAUUUGCAAUCAAACAUGACAAAAUAUUAACAAAAUUCAAAAGUACCUUUAAGUGGAAGCCUCUUGGUAUGAUACCUCCAGGCUUUUAGUUCUUGUUUUAAGAAGAGGCUUAUACAGAGUGAGUGGAGAAAGUCAAAUGGCCUUAACCAUAAGAAGGUAAUGUGAUUGUAUAAUAGAUAUCCCUGACUCUCCCCAAAUACAUCACAAGACUGCUUAGGUAAGACAGUUUUCUUUCUCAGAAAGAAAAUCCAUUUGUGUCCACCCAUCAAACUAAGCAGAAUGAAGACCUUUGUUUGGAGCUGAUAACCACAAGAGGUUAUAAACAGCAGGGAGGCGGUGACAUUUGUCGAAUGCCACUGUGAAUGUAGACCCUUUAUCUACAUUAGCAUUUAAUUUUCACAAUGACCUUGUCAAAUAGGCAUAGAUUUCCUCAUUUUUGUUCAGCUGAGGAUACAGACCCAGAAAGGUUAAGAAAUUUGCCUGAGAUAACCAGUAAAUGGCAAAGCUGGUUGUGAGAGAGGUGUUCCUAAAUUCAAAGGCCAUGCUCUACAACAUUGUGCUCUAAAAGCACAGGGGAAACACUUUAGUGUUUUAAGGAAUUAAACAGUUAAAAUGAGUGGAAAAUAUCUGAUUGACAUCCCAGAUCUGCUAUGUUAUGGGAAUUUUUCAAGUAAGGUUUAAAAAAAAAAAAAGAAAAAGCUUUACAUAGAAAGAUCAUAUAUAACAUAAUAUUUUGAGUGUUUGAAAAUAAAAUAAGGUCUGAACUUUAAUCUUCAAGCAGGCCCUCGGAGGUAAUUUACAAAACUUGCCAAAUUAGUUGGAAAUGAUAGAAUAAUAUUGUUCAUGGCCAGCUGUUAUGCAGAAAAGCAUGGCAGUCUGUGGCCAGAAUGACAUGCAAGGUUGGUUCAAUUUAAUCACUCAGAAUAAAGUGCCCUGUAGCCAACAGUGCCUCUCUACUUGCUUCCCUGGGAAGUGUACAGUAGCAAAUACGUAAGUCAUCAUCAAAGUUUGGGAAUAUGCAAAAUAAAUUCUAACCAGUUUUCAAAUGCACUCUUUCCGAAGAGGCAGCAACGGGUAAGACAAGAUUGUUUAAAGAUCCGGGUACUGAGGGCAUCAGGUCAAUAUCCAUAGCAACCAUGUGCCACAUGCCUAAAUAUUUCUGCAUAUUCUGCGGAGACAGGCAGAAAAAAAAGUCCAACACGUUUCAUUAAGUGAAUAACAAAACUUAGAUAUGCAUGGGUACCACUUAGGUGAUCCUAGUGACAUUUAGUGUGGCCUUAAAAAAGCAAGAGACUCUUUUUAAGCACUUUUUAUUGGAAAUAUGAACUUGUUAUUGGGCAAGCUUUAUGAAACUAGUAUAGAACUCAUAAUUAUGCUUCAUCAAGAAAAAUUGUGUUCUCCUCCCUCAUAGUGAAGCAAUCUAGAAAAUUGUCUCUCCUUUUGUGAGAUCCUCUUCCUCUGCUUAUAAUGUUUGUAUUUGAUGUGGAAGUAACAAAUAGUUUAAUACAAAGUGUUGGACUAGAACACCAUUUAGAUUUCCAAAACACAAUUAUUGCUUCAGGGAAAACAGACCAAAAAAAUUAUCCCCGGGGAUAAUCUAUGAGAAACUCAGUUGGGAAUAAUGCUCAAUUUCCAUAUAAAUGAUGGCACCACUUACUAAUUGAAGAAAACUCAAUGCCACACCACUAGCACCAUACAAAACCUUUCCCCUCUAUCUUUGUACAAUAAUGCAUGAGAGUUCCAGGGAGGAGAGACUGGCUGACCAUCUUCGUGACAAAACCGUAGUCAACUGCGGGUGAAUCCCAUCCACUUAUGCUCCUUCCAGGCUUUCAAUCACCAAGAAUUGUUUGUACUAUUAGUUCCUAUCCUGAAGGUUUAUGUAGUGGUUGUGUGGUACUUUUGACUUUGUUCUAAAGUGGUUCUCAAACUUUAGCACACAUGAGAAUCACCUGGAGGGCUUGUUAAAACACAGGUUGUUGGGCCCAUGCCCAGGGUUUCCAAUUCAGUAGGUCUGGAAAUUUGCUUUCCUAACAAGGACCCAGGUGAGGCCAAUGCUGCUGGUCUGGGGACCAUACUCUGAGAACUGCCUUGAAAAAUUUUCCAGCUACUACCUUUAAGAUCAGCCUGACUUAUCAAGCUCUAGAGAAAACAACAAACAACCUUGGGCAGACAACUUGGGAUUGGAUUCUCUACAGCAUUCCUAUUCAACCUUCCCAGUUUCUAGGUUUAUUAUACCAACAAUUCGGUUUUUUACAAGCUCAAAGACAAUGAAUGUAUCAGUUCAAUGGGACAGUGAGAUCUGUGUAAGCUUUUCGUCUUUGUACUUAGAAACACUGGUUCUAUGGAUGAUCAUUUGUAUCAUGUUGACCCUUUGACUUGUACUGAGGUGAUUUUAAAUUUAAAUACACAGUGUUUGAGUUUC